CCCCGGCACCUCCGGCACCCCCAGCGCUUUGGCUCGUGCCCGUUCGCCGAGGCGCCAGGUGAAGCGCCAUGGUGGACCCGGUGGGCUUCGCCGAGGCUUGGAAGGCGCAGUUCCCGGACUCGGAGCCCCCGCGCAUGGAGCUGCGCUCGGUGGGCGACAUCGAGCAGGAGUUGGAGCGCUGCAAGGCCUCUAUCCGGCGCCUGGAGCAGGAGGUCAACCAGGAACGCUUCCGGAUGAUCUACCUGCAGACGCUGCUGGCCAAAGAGAAGAAAAGCUACGACCGCCAGCGCUGGGGUUUCCGGCGCGCCACGCAACCCCCCGACGGCGCUGCCACCGAGCCUCGCGUCCCCGCGCCACGGCCCCCUCCAGCAGCCGAUGGCGCUGACCCCGCGCCGGUCGUGACCACCGCUGCCUCCGCCACCGAGGAGCCCGAGGCUCGGCCCGACGGAGAGGGCUCCCCCGGCGGUGGAUGCAAAGCCAGGCCCGCGGCGGCGCCGCGCAGAGCCGGGGCGGCCACUGCGACCACCGCCACCACCAGCAGCAGCACCGCCGACCGGGAAGAGCGUGGGCCCCCCACCAGCGUGGCGGCGCUCCGGUCCAACUUCGAGAGGAUCCGCAAGGCAGAGAAUGAGAAACCCUUCUAUGUGAACGUCGAAUUUCACCACGAGCGCGGCCUGGUGAAAGUCAACGACAAGGAGGUCUCGGACCGGAUCAGUUCGCUGGGCAGUCAGGCCAUGCAGAUGGAGCGCAAGAAGGCCCAGCAGGGUGCCGGUCAGGGUCAGGGCCAGGGUCAGGGUGUGGGGGACGCGCUCAAACCUUCCUACCGGGGACGCGCCUCCGAGAGCAGCUGCGGACUGGACGGGGACUACGAGGAUGCCGAGUUAAACCCCCGCUUUCUGAAGGACAACCUGAUCCAAGCCAACGGCGGCGGCGGCGUUAGGCCCCCGUGGCCACCCCUGGAGUACCAGCCGUACCAGAGCAUCUACGUCGGGGGCAUGAUGGUGGAGGGCAGCGAGGGCAAGGGGCAGCAGCCACCGCCGCUGCUGCUGCGGAGCCAGAGCACGUCGGAACAGGAGAAGCGCCUCACCUGGCCGCGGAGGUCCUACUCCCCACGGAGCUUCGAGGACAGUGGCGGCGGCUACACGCCCGACUGCAGCUCCAAUGAAAACCUCACGUCCAGCGAGGAGGACUUCUCCUCCGGCCAGUCCAGCCGCGUGUCCCCGAGCCCCACCACCUACCGCCCGUUCCGGGACAAGAGCCGCUCACCCUCGCAGAACUCACAGCAGUCCUUUGACAGCAGCAGCCCGCCCACGCCGCAGUGCCAGAAGCGGCACCGGCAGUGCCAGGUGGUGGUGGCCGAGGCCACCAUCGUGGGCGUCCGCAAGACCGGCCAGAUUUGGCCCAGCGAUGGAGAUAGCACUUUCCAUGGAGACCCAGACACCUCGUUUGGAACGUCCCCCGGGUAUGGCUGUGCCGCAGACCGGGCGGAGGAGCAGCAGCGCCGGCACCAGGACGGGCUGCCCUACAUUGACGACUCGCCCUCCUCCUCCCCUCACCUCAGCAGCAAGGGCAGGGGCAGUCGGGAUGCUCUGGAGUCGACCAAAGCGAAUGAGCUGGACUUGGAGAAGGGCCUGGAGAUGAGAAAAUGGGUUCUCUCUGGAAUCCUGGCCAGUGAGGAGACCUACCUGAACCACCUGGAGGCUCUGUUGCUGCCCAUGAAGCCAUUGAAAGCCGCUGCCACCACGUCUCAGCCGGUGCUGACGAGCCAGCAGGUUGAGACCAUCUUCUUCAAAGUGCCUGAGCUCUACGAGAUCCACAAGGACUUCUACGACGGGCUCCUCCCUCGCGUGCAGCAGUGGAGCCACCAGCAGCGAGUGGGCGACCUCUUCCAGAAGCUGGCCAGCCAGCUGGGUGUGUACCGGGCCUUUGUGGACAACUACGGGGUCGCCAUGGAAACGGCCGAGAAGUGCUGUCAAGCCAAUGCUCAGUUCGCAGAAAUCUCUGAGAACCUGAGAGCCAGAAGCAAUAAGGAUGCCAAGGAUACAACCACCAAGAACUCUCUUGAAACCCUGCUCUACAAGCCUGUGGACCGGGUGACGAGAAGCACGCUGGUCCUUCAUGACCUGCUGAAGCACACGCCUCCCAGCCACCCCGACCACCCUCUGCUGCAGGACGCCCUCCGCAUCUCACAGAACUUCCUGUCUAGCAUCAACGAGGAGAUCACACCCCGCCGGCAGUCCAUGACCGUGAAGAAGGGCGAGCACCGGCAGCUGCUGAAGGACAGUUUCAUGGUGGAGCUGGUGGAGGGGGCCCGCAAGCUGCGCCACGUCUUUCUGUUCACCGACCUGCUGCUGUGCACCAAGCUCAAGAAGCAGAGCGGGGGCAAAACCCAGCAGUACGACUGCAAAUGGUACAUUCCGCUCACCGACCUCAGCUUCCAGAUGGUGGAUGAGUCGGAGGCCACUCCCAACAUCCCCCUGGUGCCCGAUGAGGAGCUGGACGCCCUGAAGGUCAAGAUCUCCCAGCUCAAGAGCGACAUCCAGAGAGAGAAGAGGGCCAACAAGGGCAGCAAGGCCGUGGAGCGGCUGAAGAAGAAGCUGUCUGAGCAGGAGUCGCUGCUGCUGCUCAUGUCCCCCAGCAUGGCCUUCAGGGUGCAUAACCGCAACGGCAAGAGCUACACAUUCCUGAUUUCCUCCGACUACGAGCGUGCUGAGUGGCGGGAGAACAUUCGAGAGCAGCAGAAGAAGUGCUUCAAAAGCUUCUCCCUGACGUCCGUGGAGCUGCAGAUGCUCACCAACUCCUGCGUGAAGCUGCAGACGGUGCACAGCAUCCCGCUGACCAUCAACAAGGAAGAUGAUGAAUCUCCAGGCCUCUACGGGUUCCUGAAUGUCAUCGUCCACUCGGCCACCGGCUUUAAGCAGAGUUCAAAUCUGUACUGCACCCUGGAAGUGGAUUCCUUCGGGUACUUUGUGAACAAAGCAAAGACACGUGUCUACAGAGACACCACAGAGCCCAACUGGAACGAGGAGUUUGAGAUCGAGCUGGAAGGCUCCCAGACCCUGCGAAUCCUGUGCUACGAGAAAUGUUACAACAAAACCAAGAUGGCCAAGGAGGACGGCGAGAGCAGCGACCGGCUCAUGGGGAAAGGCCAGGUGCAGCUGGACCCCCAGGCCCUACAGGACAGAGAGUGGCAGCGGACAGUCAUCGCCAUGAAUGGGGUUGAGGUGAAGCUCUCAGUCAAGUUCACCAGCAGGGAAUUCAGCUUGAAGCGGAUGCCAUCCCGGAAACAGACGGGGGUCUUUGGGGUCAAGAUUGCCGUGGUCACCAAGAGGGAGAGGUCCAAGGUGCCCUACAUUGUGCGCCAGUGCGUGGAGGAGAUAGAGCGGCGGGGCAUGGAGGAGGUGGGCAUCUACCGUGUGUCUGGAGUGGCCACCGACAUCCAGGCGCUGAAGGCAGCCUUCGACGUCAAUAACAAGGACGUGUCGGUGAUGAUGAGCCAGAUGGACGUGAAUGCCAUCGCCGGCACGCUCAAGCUCUACUUCCGCGAGCUGCCGGAGCCCCUCUUCACUGACGAGUUCUACCCCAACUUCGCCGAGGGCAUUGCCCUUUCCGACCCCGUGGCGAAGGAGAGCUGCAUGCUCAACUUGCUGCUGUCCCUCCCGGAGGCCAACCUGCUAACUUUCCUCUUCCUCCUGGACCACCUUAAGAGAGUGGCAGAAAAGGAGACAGUGAACAAGAUGUCCCUGCACAACCUGGCCACAGUCUUCGGCCCCACAUUGCUGCGGCCCUCGGAGAAGGAGAGCAAGCUGCCCGCCAACCCUGGCCAGCCCAUCGCCAUGACCGACAGCUGGUCCCUGGAGGUCAUGUCCCAGGUCCAGGUGCUGCUGUACUUCCUGCAGCUGGAGGCCAUCCCCGCCCCAGACAGCAAGAGGCAGAGCAUUCUGUUCUCCACCGAGGUCUAAAGGCGGCCCCCCCACCAGAACUGUCUCCAAGGAGAAGCCGACAGAGGGCCACCCCAUGGCGAAACGGGCCGCCCAUGGAGCAGGAACCAAACCAUCUUGAGGUGUACUUGGGCCACCUGCCAAGAGUGACACUCACCCAAAGCUGAAAGCCAAGCCAGCUAGGUGGUCCCCUCAGGCCCCAACCCUAGGCCGACUCCACCCCAACACUCCCUGGUGCCUCGGUGGUUGGUGGCUGUCUGCAAGUCUUGGGCUGGCCUCAGACUGUGCUUUCCCGUUGCUGGCACCAGAGGGCGCCCCAAGCACGCACAGCUGUCCCGGGCCCAGGAACUGAACAAGUGGAAGCCAGGCUAAGGGAGUGGUUUUUACGAUCUGAAUUGUUCAGAGUUUGAAGACUUCUACUGGAUCACCUGUCAAGAUGCACGCUGUCCGGGGAGGAGCUUCCUCACUGUUGUGUCUUGAAUAAACGCUGCUGCUACUGCUGCACCUGUCGGGGACCACGGCGGAAGGGACUGGGCUGGAUCAGGUGGCCCUCCUUUGGGAACAGACGCCCGUCCCAUUCCCCUAUUCCCCGAGGCAAAGUCCACAGCGCCCCAACCCCCCCACUGCUUGCUUCUCCUCUUCUUUCUAGAAGGAGCUCUCUGUGCUGAAAUGGGUCUGCCUCCUGCUCUCUCUCUCCCAUGGCUUUAGUUUGCUGUUGGAUUUUUAUCUCUUUUUUGUUUUUGGCUUGGUUUUGUGCCCCCUCUCCCGCAGCUGGGCUGCCAUGAAGACCAUGGCGCACACUUCACGGUGAGCCCUUUGGGGACAGGGCAGGACAGUCUACCCAGUCCUGCCCACCCACCCGGCACCCCACUUGCCCGCUCUCCUUUGUCCGAGCCCUGCCCCCCUGCCCUCUGCCCUCCUCAUUACCCCAGUGCUCGGCCCAACAGGCACAGUUUAACUCUCACACAGGUCUUCUCUCCACAGCGGCUGCUUUUAAACACUUUGAUCCGAAGAACUAGCCUUUUUGAUACUUGAAUAUUUUGAAGUUUUAUACAUAGUUUCUGAGUUUUUUUGUUUUCCCUACCAGAUCCCAAUACCUUAAUAAGAUGCUAUUUAGAAUGUC